GUUAAAUGCUAAUUGCACAUUUGACUGGCGCAUCAAAUCGGAGAAACUUCAAAAGUUUCUACCCACGAGACCCGAGGCUAAGAAUGUUCCAAACUGGUUUAUGUUCUCUCCUCUGUAGCUCACAGCUGAGCACGGUUGAGCCGGUAUUGCCCAAUGCGUCUUCUGACAUACAAGUUUUCCUCGUGAGUCGACCGCGUGGAUGGAAAAUACUUCUCGAGUCUCGAGUCAGUCGAUUUCUCUGCCGGUCGGUUUUGGUGUGCUGCACGUUCUCUUAUUUAUUUUAGCCUAUUGGUAGGUAUACCUCGCAUGAGAGCAUAGGCUCGGCCAGAAGUGGACGCGAACUCCACGCGAUGCACACCGAGGUUUGCGGCCAAAAGUUUGAAGUUUGGCGGGGCCUCAUUCACGAUACGAACGUCGAACGGAGCGGGUCGUCGGCGGAGUUUACCUUUCGCGAUCGGUGUUGUACUACAAAUUUACAGAUUUGCUUAGACGACUAAUGGUUUGCUAAUCGGAGGAAAGAUACACUACGGGUGCGAACGUUGCACCUUUGGAGGAGUGUGUUUUGACACGGUGUAGAAUACGAAGAUGAAUCGAUGAUGAAUAUGGUGUUUGGUUAUUGAUUUGGGGAGGCGUGAUACUGGCCUAAUCCAAGAUUUAGUAGAAAGUGUUUGUUGAUUUUUGAAUUUGUGUACUGUUAUCGAAAGUGAGUGCGUCAACAUGGUGAUACCGGGAAUUCCGUUUAUCAAGCUGAUCCCCCUGCUGGGAGGAUCGGCUCUGAAGGCGGCUCCGGCCGUGACAGCCGUGACGGCUACCGUGGCGGCGGCCAUCAAAACGGCCACGGCUAUCGUCGGCGUGGGAAAGCUCGCCAUCAUACCGAUACUGAUUGCAUCGCUGGCGUACUACAACUAUGACCUGUUUGAUCCCGAGAAUCGACCGUUCAACAUGAAGGAGGUUAACCGCGAGUACGAUUUUAUCGUCGUCGGAGCCGGGUCAGCGGGAGCCGUGGUAGCGUCGCGGCUGUCCGAAAUUAGCGACUGGAAGGUGCUGCUGUUGGAGGCGGGUGGCCACGAAACAGAGAUCUCCGACGUGCCGAUCCUGUCGCUGUAUUUGCACAAAAGCAAGCUGGAUUGGAAGUAUAGAACCCAGCCCCAGAAGACGGCCUGCCAGGCCAUGAAGGAGAAUCGAUGCUGUUGGACGCGAGGCAAAGUUCUCGGAGGCUCGUCGGUGCUCAACACAAUGCUGUACGUCCGCGGCAACAAGCGCGACUUUGACCUGUGGCACGCGCUCGGAAAUCCGGGCUGGAGCUACGAGGAGGUGCUGCCGUACUUUAGAAAGUCCGAGGAUCAGCGGAAUCCCUACCUGGCGCGGAACAAGAGACAACACGCAACAGGUGGUCUCAUGCAGGUGCAGGAUGUGCCCUAUCUCACACCUCUGGGUGUUUCCUUCCUCCAAGCGGGAGAAGAGAUGGGUUACGAUAUCGUGGACGUGAACGGCGAGCAGCAGACCGGAUUCGCGUUCUUCCAGUUUACGAUGCGACGCGGUACGAGAUGCAGUUCGUCCAAGGCCUUUCUGAGACCGGUUAGAAACCGCAAAAAUCUGCACGUAGCUUUGUUCGCCCACGUCACCCGUGUCAUUAUGGAUGCCGAAAAUAAGCGCGCCUUGGGCGUUGAAUUCAUACGGGACGGCAAGAAGCACGAGGUUUACGCGACGAGGGAGGUCAUCUUAUCGGCCGGGGCCAUCGGAUCGCCACAUUUGCUGAUGCUGUCCGGUAUUGGUCCGAGAGAGAAUCUGGAACAAGUUGGAAUUCCCUUGGUUCAUGAUCUGCCCGGGGUGGGACAAAACUUGCAAGAUCACAUCGCCGUUGGUGGUUUGGUAUUCCGCGUGGAUCAGCCAAUCUCUGUGAUCAUGAACCGGUUGGUGAAUUUGAAUUCGGCUAUUCGAUACGCAGUCACGGAAGAUGGUCCACUGACCAGCAGUAUUGGCUUGGAAGCAGUCGGUUUCAUCAACACGAAGUAUGCAAAUCAAACGGACGACUGGCCAGAUAUCGAGUUCAUGUUGACUAGCGCCUCGACACCUUCGGACGGAGGAGACCAGAUCAAGAAAGCCCACGGAUUGAAGGACGAAUUUUACGAUUACAUGUUCAGCGAAAUCAACAAUCAGGACGUAUUUGGAGUAUUCCCCAUGAUGUUGCGUCCCAAAAGUCGUGGCUUCAUUCGUCUGCAAUCGAAAAACCCUCUUCGUUACCCAUUAUUAUACCAUAACUAUCUCACCCACCCCGAUGACGUUGGUGUCCUCCGUGAAGGGGUCAAGGCAGCUAUCGCAUUCGGGGAAACUCAAGCAAUGAAACGCUUUGGAGCAAGAUUUCACAGCAAGCAAGUUCCCAACUGCAAACAUUUACCAGAAUUCACCGAUGAGUACUGGGAUUGCGCCAUUCGCCAGUACACGAUGACGAUCUACCACAUGUCGGGAACCGCCAAAAUGGGUCAACGGUCGGAUCCAUUCGCUGUCGUGGAUCACAAACUGCGCGUUCAUGGAGUGAAAGGUUUGCGUGUGAUCGACGCCAGUAUUAUGCCAAGAAUUACCAGCGGUAACAUCAACGCCCCCGUCAUCAUGAUCGGAGAAAAGGGUGCCGAUCUGGUUAAAGAACUGUGGCUGCCAAAAGGUUACUACAGCAGAAGAGGGAAGCGAGAGCGAGACCCCCUGGAAAACAUUACCAGCACCGAUGCUAGCCUAACAAACGUUACCUCCUCCGAUAGCUAAGUGUUGGAGAUUCUAAGUAGAGUUAAACGCAAACAGCAAACAAACCAAAAUGCCACUGCUAUUGUUAGAUUUUUUUGUUUCAUUUUUGUUCAUUUAGUUAAGACAGUUUAGGGAAAUUGUUGCCCAUACUCAUGUCCGCCCAGCGAAUCAUUGUACAUAAUACCAAUAUAGGUUAAGAGUUAAAGUGUAAACGUGCAUCCUUGCUUAACUUUGCAUUAUGAUGUUGCAAGCAAAGUAUGAGAGGAUCUUAACAUUAUCGCAUAAAAUGACUGACUAUUUAAGUUAGUAGCUCUACGUAACACUUUUUUAGUUUUGCAGACAACAUUUUCUAAUUGAUUGAGGUGAUGAAUAAAUAAAUAAAAACUAAA